UGGUCAGGAGUGUGGCGGCUGUUUGAAAGUGCGGCAAAAGCACAACCGGAGGCCGCCGAGAGUCGUAAGCCUGGUUGACGGGCGGCCACCAAGGCUAGCAGAAUUCAGGACGUCCUUCUCGCCUCUGACCCUCCCAGGUAUCUCACCUGGUCAGUGAGCCUACAGGCCAGGUCUGGAGCCUAUUUCGAGUAGUCCCUGCAGGCUCAGAAAUAAGCAGAGUCGGGGGCUCUCUAUUACUUCCCUCUAAGCCGACACAACCACAGCCUUAGCGAGUCGCCAUAUUCACCUCCUUUCCAACUUGCUUCGUUAAAGUCCCAUUCCCCUCCCCCUUUUACGAAUUUCCCUUUUCCCAUUUGCGGUCUUUCCUCCCUUUCAGCAUUUUAGUAAGAGAGAGAGAGGAGAGAGAGGAGUGAGAAGGAGAAGCCAGAGAGGUACAUUGCAGCAGCAUUUGCCAUCUCGGCACGCUCCGUAAGGAGACUGAGAAAGCAAAAAGAGAACCCGGCAGCUCCGCCCGGGGAACCCGGAGUCCGGCGUAAAGGGGCGCGGAGGAGGGUGUAGGAGGUGCCUAGCUGGGGUUGGGGUACAGCGGCGGGGGCAGCGCGCGCAGCAGCAAUAGCUUUGGCGGCGGCAGCAGCGGCAGCAGCAGCAGCAUUAGCAUUAUUCCGGGUUCCUCCUUCUGGGGAAGAGAUCAUCUAUUAUCACCAUUCUCUACCAGAGCCCUAGGGAGGGGACUGCGGAAGGGAGGAGACUAGGAAGGGGAGUGGGGGGGAAUUUGGAGCGAGGGGGCAGUGCUGAGAACAUAGAAGAAACACCAGAGAAGCAGCAGCGGCAACAGCGGCAGCUAACCGGGGGAGAAAGGGAAGAAAGAAGGAGAUCAGACAAAGGAGAAUACCCGCUAUAAAACUGGGAAAAAACUAUAAAAUUAUGUUCUGUUGCACAAUGGGCCAGAAAGGAGAGAAACCUUAGUCGGAAGAAGCAAGGGGAGAAAUCUCUAGGACCAAUGGAAGAAUAGAAAGAAGGUGUGAGGAGCUACCUGAGACUUACAAGUGUUGCCUAGGGGUUAUUUCAGCAAAAGUUCUUGAUCAACACAAGUGGCAACUCCACUGACAACUGGUAGAAAAAAGGAUAACAGUUGUAUCCCUCGUGAACAAGACAAUUCUUUUAUAUUUUCCUGGUGGUCCAGAAAUAAGAGUCUUUGGAAAAAGAAGCUAAAACAGAAAACACAUCUUAACUUUCUUUAUACAAUUGCCUGCAUGAGAAGCCUGAGUUCUAGGAAAGAAAAAAAGCCAAUCAUCUUGUCAGGACAAAUUGUACAUUUAUUGGGCUGAGAAUAGUUCUUUGUGGAGUAUCUGGAGCUGUGAUUUGAAAACUUCACUGAUACUUUAUUUGCACUUUGGAUCGUAAGCAUGAGUGAGUUCUGGUUGUGUUUCAAUUGCUGUAUUGCAGAACAACCUCAGCCUAAAAGGAGACGGAGGAUUGACCGAAGCAUGAUAGGCGAGCCAACAAACUUUGUUCACACAGCUCAUGUAGGAUCAGGUGACCUGUUCAGUGGAAUGAAUUCAGUUAGCUCCAUACAGAAUCAAAUGCAAUCCAAAGGAGGUUAUGGAGGUGGAAUGUCUUCAAAUGUCCAAAUGCAGCUUGUAGAUACAAAGGCAGGAUAACCUUGGGAGCACUUUCAGUUCAUGUGAAUUUCCAUAGUUCUUCUUUCUACUGUUUCGUUUUUGUUUAUUUGGAAUUUUUUGGUUUUGGAAUUGUUUUGGUUUGGGACUUGGGGGGAGGGGGCCCUAGAGACUACUUUCAUGCUUAUUUUAAGAAAGAAAUGUGAUGGGACCUUGUUCAACCUCUUGUGAUUAUUUCAGUGAAAAUUACUGUUAUGCUCCAAAGAAGCUAUUUGUAAAAGUGGAUCUUGUCAUGCCUUCCACUGGCAUGUUGUUGGCUUCUACCAAAAUAAUCGAUAAAUAGUAGACUGGGUUGUGAUUUUAUAUUUUAGAUAUUUUUUCAAGUUUGAAUAAAUAGGCAACUGAUUUUAGCAUGACAUUUUCCUCUAAUCACUACUAUACAGCAUAAGUUUGCCAAUUUUUUUACUUAAAAAAAGAAGAUUUUCUGUCCCCUCUACUCUUCUUGUUGUAAUUUUAGGUCCCAAGCAUGACAUGCUAUCAUUUUUUAUUUAUAUAUUUGAGGAAAGUCUAGGACCCACAAGCACAAUGAUCAUUUUCCCAUUUGUUUAAAGCCUGGCAAAGUAAAUGCCUGUGCUUUAUAAAGUUGCCUCUUUGGUGCCAGAAAUAAAAUUGCUCAUUUGCUGCAGCUUUUGUUGCUGCUAGUGGAGAAAAUUUAAGUAUGGCGCUAUAGUCAUAUCAGUAUCACCGAAAAGGAUAAUUUAGCUGCUUUAAAAUGAUGUCCCUUUUAGUUCUAUUUGAUCUUGAAAUAAAACAAAAGCUUGCAUUCAUAAGACAUUCUGUUGUAAAUGUUUAGUAUAUUUAUUUUAAGAGAACUGACCUCAAGAUUGUAAACUAGUGUAGUAACAUAUGUAAAUAACAUAUGAUAGUACUUUCCUCCAGUCAGUUUUCAAAUGGUGUUGUGCUAGCUGCACAUUUCUUUUUACCUUCCCUUCCUUUUUUGCUUUUUAUGUUGACUUUUAGACUGUCCAUCAGCAGAAUGUUGAACUGCCUAUCUGUGUUAUUAAUAGCAGUUCAAUGAACCUCUCAACAUAGUUGGUAAGUUUUUUUUUUUUUCCUAAGUGUUUCCAGGCCAUGUUAAGUUGCUAAUAGCAACAUAUUGACCUGGCAGAACAGAAACUAUGGAAAACAACUUACAGGGUGACUUUUUACUGUUGGUAAGAAGCCUUUUGCUCAGGUUCCAAAGCAUAUUCAUCUUUCACAAAUUGUAAAAAGUAAAUUUGAAUAUUGCACUAUCUUCAAAUUCUAGAAAUGGUUCUUCCUUCUUCCAUUAUCCCCAUUCCAUAUUAUCAUAGUAAUCUGAAAACAAAGUCAUUAAUUUCAUUCUCUCUUGAUUUUUUAAAAUUAUGCAUACAAUUCACCUCCAUGUUUGUCUGAUACAUUAUCUAGCAAUAGGGCAAAAUUGAGCUAAACUAGAGUGCCACCAAUAAGUUGGAAAUUAAAUAAAUGCAUUGAAGUAAAUUUUUAUAUUGUAUUCAUAUUUCCAUCUAAACCUCACUUCCUUCUGAAACAACUAAUUAAAAAGUGGCUAGAUAUGUGAUGGCACUAGGUAGUAUCUUCUCCCUGGUAAUUUACAAGUUAAUUCACUGGAAAUGAAGUAGCCAUCUGAUUACACUUACAUAGUUACAGUAUACCUGCAGAGUGAUCAAAUAUAGUAGAUUUAGGUAAGAGAACCAGAUGGUUGAUUCUUUGGAUUCAUGAUUUCAAAUGGUGUCCAAGAUCCUUUCAAUUAAUAUAAUUUUCUCCUUGGAAUUUGAUGUAAAAAAAAUCAUUGUGAGUAAUGCAUUUUUUGGAAAUGGAAUCUUGCAUUAAUUUGAUUUGAUGAUCCAACUGUGUAUCUAUGACUACCACACUGACCCCCGCAUUUUUUCCAUAGCACUAUUUGAUAUAUUCAGCUCUGCAGUGCAUUAUCAUUUCACACUUUAUCAGAAUAUGCGCACUUUAAGACUGAUGCUUUUUGCAACAGGGAAUAACUACAUUCCAACUACUCUGCUUCUACUGUUUCUCUCAGAAGUACCAUUGAAAUUCUUCAGAUUCAUACAAAGUAUAUUGUGUAGAGUGCAGUACUGGCUGGGCAAAAGGCUUUGGACCAUAGGAAGUGCUGUCACUUCUGCAAGAUGAGCAGCACUAUCAGCAGAUCUUAAUUGUCUAUUGCUUCUGAGGGUUGAAUUAGAACAGCAGGAGGAGCCAGGUCUCUAUAGUCAUUGUCUCUUCAAAAUCAUAGGUUUUCUUCCCUUGAUUGAUGUUAAGAUAGGUAUUUGGGUCAGUCAUCCCUCCCAUUCCUGUCGUAGUUCAGUCACAUCUGACUCAUCAUGACUCCAAAUAAGGUUUUCUUGGCAAAGAUACUGGAGUGGUUUGCCAUUUCCUUCUCCAACUCAUUUUAUAGAUGAAGAACCUGAAGCAAACAGGGUUAAGUGACUUGCCCAGGGUCACACAUCUAAUAAGUGUCUGAGGCCGAAUUUGAACUCCAACCCUCUCACUCUCUCCACUAUGCCACCUGGCUGCUCAUAGAGCCAAAGGAAUAAAUGUUCCAGAAGACAUAAUGUGAGCUUCCAUUUAUAAGCAAGAACUGAAUUUCUCAUUCCUUAGCUUUCUAAACUGCUGUAUGGCCUCUCCAAUGAUACUAUUAAAAUAACUAUUUAUGGUUGUCCCAGGGAGACUUAUAAUUAAAUCAUGUGAUCAGAAAACUCACUAAAAAUAUUGAACCAUACUUUCUAGAGUUUUUCAAUACAUAAAAAGAAAAAUUGAGACUGGCUUUAAUGAUUGAUUAAAAGUUUCAAUGCAUUUUUAAAGUUGAUUAAAUUAUAUCUAUGGCCAAACAUUUCAAUUGUAGUAAAGCAUCUCCUUUUGAAAUAUAAGCUAAUCAAAAACUAGAGUCCAUUUACAUCAAAUUUAGUUUUUAGUCAACUUUAAUAAAAUGCAUAAUUUUAAAAUUUGGAACUAACAGUUAAAGAUUAACUCACAUAGUAUUACAAGAAUAAUUCAGGUUAAAAUGUUGCCAAUAUGUGAAAAGCAGAAUUAUUAUGGUUCAGUGAUUGAGAGUGUAUUAGGAGGAGGGGAGUUCAGAAAGGGAAGAUAGUAUUUCCAACACAAUUUUUGCCAUUGGGUCUUUCAAAAACAAGUUUUGUGAUUAUAAUUUUUUUUCCUUUUGCCACCAAUUAUCAACUAUAGUAGAUGCAAAACUUACUCUCAUCAGAUGUCCUCUGAUUUAGUGUCCAGAAAAAAAAAUUGGGAUAUUUUUAUAACAUACUUUAUGGCAUACUUUUUUUUGUAAACUAUGUUCAUUUUUGAAUAAUGUCAUUCUCGUGUUGGCUUGUAGAUAUUAAAAUGAAAGUAAUGACGAUUCAAUAAAUGUUUUCUUUUGGUU